CCGGUGCAGUUGGGCAGCUGACGGCACCGCGCGCGCACCGGCCGCUCUGUCCCAGUGGCUGGCUGUCAGGGCGCCGUCAGUCCGUCAGGUCGUCCGUCCGUCCUCUGUCCCAGUGGCUGGCCGUCUGUCAUUCAGUGAGUCCGUCAGAUCGUCCGACCGUCAGCCAGCCAGUUCGUUUGCCCUUCUGUCGUUCUGUCAAAGCGGUUACAGGCGCUCGUCUGUUCGUCUGCGAAUCUGUCUCCCCGACGAGUUAUUCAUUUUGCGUCCGCCGGCAGCAAGUCCAUCAGCUCUUUCUCAGUGUAGUCGUGAGCGGCUUUUUCGCAUGAACAACUGUGACUGUGCAUCAACUUGUAAGCUGCCACGUAGUGGAUCUUUCUUCAGACUGCCAAAGAAGAUCUGAAGCGACGCUGAACUGAGUGAUCAGAGCUGCGAGGCACAGGAGUUAGCUGGCAUAGCUCUGUGGUGAGAAAUAUUCCCACGGAGAGUUUGCCGUCUUAUCUUCAGAAAGUGAAACUCGGGUCAAUUUUCAACGUCGAUUGUUACGACAUAUCUAGUCGCCCAAGCAAGAGACUUCAGAGAUCGCCGGAGACCAUGGCGACCUUGUGAAUGUGAAGAAACGUAAUCCUUAAUUUUUCAAAGGAUCAAUCUGAACGAUCAAUUUGAAGGAUCUGAGCUUGCCCUGGGCUUAAGCGUGUUCUCUGGUGCAACUGUGUGACUGUCGCGACUGUGUGCGAAGAACAAGUGACGACUUUUCGUCACCACGGCUAUUCGGAGUUCGUGUGAGAGCGUACAGACGUCGGAGCGGCACGGGAUCUCUUCAGACACGCGAUGAAGAUCACCAUGAGGACGACGGUGGUGUUCAGUCUGCUGCUGAUGAUGGCUACAUCCGGUGUCUCCACAAGUCCGGGAGCAUUGGCGGACCGAGUCAAAUGCGGCACCUGCAAGGCGCUGGGAGCCGUGGUGAAGGGAGUGGUCAAACUCACUGGUUCCAGCAUGCUGAUGAGAAGCAAGGCUUACCGUCUCUGCAGUGUGGUGCCCGUGGCGCGCUCCGUCUGCGAGGGCUACAUCGACAGCUGGGCGGAGCCGCUUACCUACAUCGUUCAGAACAGUAAACUGAGCAGUGCAGAGGUUUGCGCUAUCUACAUUGACGCCUGUCCUCGGCCCAGCCUGGAUAUAGACGCCACCCUCUACCUGAGAAAGGACCCGACGCCGGCCGAAAUCAAAAUCAGGGACUACCUGUACCCGAGCCCUGCAACUCGCGGUCUGACGGUGCUCCACAUUGCUGACCUGCACCUGGACAGUCUGUACCGAGAGGGAGCCGACAACAGCUGCUCGGAGGUACUCUGCUGCCGCGCCGACAACGGUUUUCCGACGAACGCGUCCCGUCGCGCCGGUCGAUGGGGCGACUACACAAGAUGCGACUCCCCCUACAAACUGGUCGAGUCAAUGGUCCAACACACGGCCAAACAGCAUCCGGACGUGGCCUACAUUAUGUGGACGGGUGACAACGCACCCCACGACGACUGGCGCACCUCCCGAGAGGAGGUGCUCUCGUCGACCAGCAGCAUCACGGCGCUGCUGCAGCGCUAUUUCCCCGGCAUCCCCGUGCUGCCUGUCAUCGGAAACCACGACUCGGCGCCCAUCAACAGUUUUCCGCCGAAGGAGGUGUGGAACGCCGGUUUCAGCAGCGCGUGGCUCUACAGCAUGUUGGCGAAUAUGUGGAAGCCCUGGCUGCCGCCCAACGCCGCGGCCACUCUGGAAAACUACGGCUACUACUCCCUGUUGGUGCGUCCCGGCUUCCGAGUCAUCGUCAUCAACACCAACGUGGCCUACAAACUCAACUUCUGGGUGCUGAUGACGGCUCGCGGAGACCCUUCUCACCAGCUGCGCUGGCUCACCGAGGAGCUGAGAGCCGCCUAUCUCACCGGUGAGAAAUGUCACAUCGUGGGCCACAUCUCACCGGCCGACCGAGACAUCCUGCCCGCCUGGAGCCACAUGUACUACAAGAUCAUCAAAAACUACCGGACCACGGUGCGGGGAGAGUUUUUCUCCCACACCCACGUCGACGAGAUCCACCUCUCGAAGGACGACAACGAUGAGGCGUUCGCCGUGACGUACGUAGCGCCAUCUCUGUCGCCCUGGAAGAACGUGAACCCCGGCUACAAGGUCUACACGGUAGAUGGCAGCAGGGGAGCGCAGUCCACCUGGGAGGUGACCGAGGUCGCCCGGUGGACAGUGAACCUCCAGGAGGCCAACAAGCUCGCCGGAAACAGUCCCCGCUGGUACCAGCAGUUCAAGGCAUCAGAGGAGUACGGCCUAGCGUCACUGUCGCCGCAGAACUGGAGCAGUGCCGUCCAGUCCAUGCUGAUCAAGGAUCACCUCUUCACCAAAUAUUACAGGAACCUGAGCGGUCGAGCGGUGGUGCAGGCCAGCUGUGACGCCGAAUGUCGGCAGGAGAUCAUCUGCAACGUCCUCACGUCCGACCAAUCGAGCCAGAGUCAGUGUCAACGGGCGAGGGCCACCUACCAGCAGGCAGUGCGAGAGGGCAGGGCCAACCCGAGGGCGGUGGUCUCCGCCUCGCAGCCGACGCCCUGGUUCUGAGAGACAGAGCGGAGAGAGAGAGAGAGAGAGAGAGAGAGAGAGAGAGAGAGAGAGAGAGAGAGAGAGAGAGAGAGAGAGAGAGAGAGAGAGAGGAGGACGGAUCGUUAUCCUGAGGUCCUGCUGUAGUGUUUGAUGGGACGUGGCUGAGAAGAUAUAUUAGGAAUUUUUGUUUUAUUGCACCUGCGAGGAUAGUUUUAGUUCUGUAAUUCUGUCGAUAGUGAAAAGUGGAGUAAAAUACCAAGGUCAUAUAUGGAAUUGACUAGGUACUGACUCCAUCUGGCUAUCACAAAUGUUAUUGUGCUGUGGUGAAGCAUAGUGAAGAAGCAUCGCUUAGCACUUACGAUUAUAUGUAUGCACUUGUAUACAAUGCAAGACCUUCGUCACCUUUUUCUUUAGAUUUUACGUAAUUAAUUUUAUUCAUUUUUCGGAAUGCUCUGAAAGUUCGAGAAACAGCGUAUGAAUUGUUAUUUUGGUAUACGUUGGAAUGUUUUCCUUUCCUGGGUGUUAUGAGAAUUAAAGCAAGUUUCAAGUUUGUGCCCCGUAGUAAUGGAUGAUUAGUUAAUGCUUUUAGUUGAAUGAGAGGUGAAUAUUGACAUGAGUCAAUUGUAUAUCAUGCAUAUCGUUGUUAUGCGUCAAGUUUUUUCGUCAGUGACGAUAUAAUGCACCAAAUAUAUGACAAUGCACUAUGUAAAUGUAAUGUGUGAUGGUUUUUAUUAAAUACACGCAUUCAACGUUC